AGUUCUAAUAUGUGUCUGUCUUUUCGUUUUAGGUACGCAAAGAAAAGAACAGAAGAUGUCGGAGGGUGGGAAAAAAGACUUAGUGACCGAUGCCAAGUCGUUUUGCGACAGUCUCGGCAAUGUUUUCGUCGUGAAGAAGCGAGAUGCUCAAAGUCGACAUCUUCUGAAUCAAGCCAAAUGUCUGAUCGAAUCGUUGCUGGAGGAGAACCAGCGGCUGUCGUCGGUCGGUGGCACGCCCCGCGUGAAGCGCAGCGGGGGCAGCAUGGGUCAACUGUGGAUGAAACUGGAUGAAAUGAAACGCGAAAACGAAGAACUGAAGCGGCAGCUGGGCAAGUCUCAUGAUGAACGUCCUGCGGUGAAUAAAUCGCAGGGUCCCGGGGAGGUCAUCAUAGCCGAGAUGCACAAAACCAAGGCCGAGAACGUCAGUUUGAAAAGUGAACUGGAUAAAAUUCAGAAAACCUUGCAGGAGAUGAAUAUGAUAAACACAAACUUGCAGGACGAAUACAAGCGAUUGAGGAUCGCUUUGGACACGGCCAACCAAUCGCUGGAACAUUCUCGAUGCGAAUAUAAAAGUCUGGAAAACAGCCUCACGAAUGCGAAAAAGGAAAAUGAAUUGCUCAAACAACGGUUGUCCAGUAGUCCUGCGAAACCACCAAUAGCUGCGAGGAGAGAUAACCGUCAAGUGGAGAACAUCAACGAGCAAUGUCGGCCGUCGAUUGUGGCCAGGAAGUAUGACAGGUUGGAAAGCCAAGAGUGGUUGGAUGCCAAAGAGAGUCUUGAAGACACGACCAACAGAGAUGAAGAGGAGAUUGUCAAGUUCCUCUGUUUCAUGCUCAUGAAUGUCUACCAAGCCUCGCAAAUUGUCUACGAAAAUCUCGAGGAGACAAUAUCGACUCUACUCAAGCAUCCUACUCGAAGCGAUGCAGUCGGCCAUAACGGCCUACCCCCCGGGAAAGCGGAGCUCUCGGAAGACAUAAAAGAUGAAAUUUUAAUGGCACUGCGACGGAAUUAUGAGGAGAUCGAGACGACGGCCAUUGUAAAUGUGAGU